UCUCGCACCUCCGCGCGAUCUGCAGCUCCUGCCGUGGGCUUCGCAGCGCCGGGAGGGGCCAAAGCGGGGCUCUGGCCAUUCGGGGCUCGCCUCGCUGUCGCGGCCCCACGCUCGCGACCCGGAGUGGAGUCCUGAGGGACCGGGAAAGGAAGGGCGUGGGCGUUCGGGUCUCAGAGGGGCGGCUGAGCAUAGUAUCCAAGAUGAAUGACAGCCUGUUUGUCAGUUUGGACAGACUUUUGCUAGAAUUUGUUUUCCAGUAUGAGCAAGAUAUAAGUACUAAGGAAGAUAUGAUUCAACGAAUUAAUAAAUGCCUUGAAGAUAUUAAAGAAAAUAAAGCAGCUAUUUGUAAGAUACAUGAAACUAUAAAUACAACAGAUGAGGAAAUUGGGCAUUAUUGUAAGCAUAGUAAAGAGAUCAAAGACAACUGUACUAACUGGAAGCCAACGUGUGAUGUUUUUCAUAAACAUGAAGACUAUAUGCAGGACCAAUUUACUUUUUAUCAAGAAACUAUUGAAAAAGACAAAAAAAUGUACCAUGAUUAUAUAUGUCAGUAUAAAGAUGUUUUGAAGCAAUACCAACUAAAAUACUCAGAAACACCUCUUUCACGUGAAUAUUAUGAGAAGAAAAAAGAACAUGAAGAAACUCAAAACAGAGUGUUGGCAUGUACUGAACAACUAAAAAUGAAUGAAACUAUUUUUAUGGAAUUUUUAGUGCCUGCUCCCUUUCCAUCACUUACCAAUUGGACGUUACAUAUGGUCAAUUUGAGAUUCAAAACACAAGAUAUUCUUAAACAUGCUGGCGAAUUUUCCAAAAGUUCAUCUGAAUUGAAGAAAGAAGUAGAUGAAGUGGAAAUAGAAAUUAAUUAUUUAAACCAGCAGAUUGCAAGACUUUAUGAAAUGAAGACUCUUUCAGAAACUAUGGAAGAAAAAAAUAAAAAUAUAGAAAAGAGAAAGGAAUUGAAAGAAAGUUUUCCCUUUAGAAUUUUUGAAAAAGAUGAACAACAUGUACUUACAUUGAAUAAAACUCCUCAAAACAGUCAAUUAUUUCUUCCAUAUGAAUCUCAAAAACUAGUCAGACCAAUAAAGAUGCAUUCUUCAGAACCAAGAGUUACAGAUAAAAAAGAAAAAAGUUCUGUGAAACAGUCAAAGCUUGCCAAUAUUGACUUCGGACAAAAAGAAAAUGAUGCACAGGUAUUGAAUGAUUCUACCGUGACUAGCUAUUCAAAAUGUUCACAUGUUACAGCUAUUAAAAAUUCACAAAAUGUUAUGCAGUUCAGAUUGUUAACCCCAAAGAAACAAUCAGAUUGCAAUCAAUGGUUUGAAAAAGGAGAUGCAGAUGCUGAGUGCGGAGAUAAAGGGACAGUAAAACAAUUGAGAGAAUCAAAAUAUACUUCACAAGUUAUAUAUGCAGAACAUUUUGGGAACCCAAAAGAAAGUAACAGUGAUGAAGUAGAAGAAAGGCCUGAGAUUUUUCCACAAACUCCUGAAAUUCCUUUAUUUUUAAGGACUCCUGAAGCUGUGAAAACACCUGAAUCUGUGGAGAAAUUACCUAAAACCCCCUCAUUUGAAAUAAAUAGAAAUACAACAACUGAAGGUCAAACACAAAAGGAGUCCCCUGGAUUUUCUUUCCUUAUGAGUUAUACUUCUAGAUCACCUGGAUUGAAUUUAUUUGAUUCUUCUAUAUUUGAUUCUGAAAUCUCAUCACAGCAGUUUAAUGAACAUUAUUCUGUGGGAAAUUUAAAUCCUCUCUCAUCACAACAAGAAAUUGGAAACUUAUUUGGGAAACCAGAAGGAGAAGAUGCCUUUACUUUUUCUUUUCCAUCAGACUCUUCAACUCAUACAUUUGGAGCUGGAAGAGAUGAUUUUAGUUUUCCGUUUUCAUUUGAACAGGAUCAAAACUCAACACCUUCUUCUGUAAAAGGUUUUUCAUCCUCCUCACAAAAUACAACUCAAUUUACUUUUUUCUGAACUAGUUACUAAUUUAUUGAAUUAUUUUACUGCUUUGUAAUCAUCUAGGGCACAAAUUUACAUUAUUACUUAAAUAUGAUAGUAGCUUUCUUUUGUUGAUUAAAGCAAUAAUGGGUUACCACAGUUACAUUAUUUGAUUUUAUUUAUUUAAAUAUUGAAGGAAAUUAAGCCUAUGCCAUCUACUUUCAUUUUUAUUUGCAGCAUUAGCUAUCAUUAUUUGUUUUGGUUUUGAUUUUGCAAGCCAUAUUCAGACAGAAUCUAUGCUUCACUACUGUAGUAUAGAGUGGUACUUUAAGAAUAAUCUCAGAGAAUUUAUGUUUUUUAUAGUGAAUAAAAUGUAUUAUUUUUUAUAAUAUAAUAAAAAUUCAAAUAGUAUCAGUUACUCUAAUAUCUUUAAUAGGAGGAAAUUAAAUGUGAAGGGCUAGAGUAAUUUCUGAAAAUUGGAUGGUUGCAUUAAUGGUGAUACUGUUAAUAUAUAUUUUUGCUUAACUCUUUUUGAAGAACAUUUAAAAUUCUGUUUCCUGUCUUCAACAAAAAAUUCAUCUUUAUAUUUUAUAUGCAGAACUUGCUUGUCAAUCAAUUAUAUAGCUUAAAUGAAGAUAAUUAAAAUUUGGUUAAAUUAUAUGGACAUAUUGCUCAAUAGCUUUGUAUCUUGUGCUUUAAAAAAUUAGUUGUAUUGAGUUAUCAAGUUAUAAGAAGUCUGACUCCAUAUUUUGGUGUGUGAGCGCUGACAGGUGUUAAGCCUCACCCUGUUUUCUUCCCCUUCUGCCCCACAUCUAGCCAAGCUAAAAAGAGAGCCCAGAUGUUCACUCUUUUGGCACUAGUUCAAAACAUGUAUAGGAACUUUUGCCCUGGCCCACCCCUAACCACCUUAAAAACCCAAAGCCAAUCUCCUUUCUCUACUCUGUCAAGCCAUUUUCAGACCAGCUUGGGAGGCCUGGUCUUCUCUCCCCAGAAAAUGUUAUUAUGGAGUAGUAAACCUUUUCAUAUCCUACUGGAGUGUGUGAUGUCAUCAAUCUCAAUAUCCAAACCAAAUUUGGGAUGAGACUCAAUCUUGCUUCUUCAGAGUGUCUACAACAUAUUACAACUGUAUUAAAUUAAGCCUUCUCAAACGUUUUGGAAGUCAAAAGCAUGAUAUGACUAAUGAUAGAAAGGAUUUAAGGAAACAUUGGACUAUGUUUUUAAAAAUCUUUAACAGCUGGUUGAAAGAUAAAAAUUUUAGUUAAAAAAUUGGGAUUUUUCUUUUUGUAUCAAUUUUUAAUUUUACUGACCUUGUGAUUUAAUUAAUUGAUAGUUUUGGUGUAAUAAAGACAUGGACAUAUAUGAGAAAGGAUAAAAAUGUUGCAGUUGAUUUGUUAUUAAUUAAGAGGUUCAAAACUGGCUUCAGCCUUGAAAGGCCCACUGGUUUCAUGGCUUAGUUUUACUUUAAAUAGAAAAAUGUAUAGCGUACCAGUAUGGUUAGAUUUAUCAUGUAUCAGUAUAAGAGGUAAAAUAAAAUAAGUGUUUCUAAAGUA